UAUACUGUGUGGUAGGUGUGAGUGAAUUGAGUUUUUUAAUUAAUCAAAUAAAUUGUGUUCCUUGUUAUAUAACUAUUAAAUAUAGAAAUUUCUGUGAUAAAUUUAGUUUAAUAAUAUUUUAAUCAACAUGUCGAAUCCUUGGAAGAAAUUAACAUCGCCAGCUGAUGUACAAAACCUCUCCGAUAUAAUGUCAGAGGAAUAUGCUAAAGGUCUCCAAAUUAAAGAAGAGAUCAUCUUUGCCCAACAAAUAGGCACAACUUUUCAGUCUGAGGAGCCUGUAAGCUCUAAAUCCAAUGAUAUAUCGCCGGAUAUAUUGAAACAAAUCGAAGAGUCGAAUGUCAAGGACUAUUGCGACUCUGACGCUAUUAUUGCAAAAGUGUUGCAAUGUCAAUUCGACAAAGAAUACGACGAUGAAAUUAAAAUGGUAGAGAAGAAGCGUAACGGAGAAGCUAAGGUAUCGGUGUCGUAUGAAAACUAUAGGAAUGUACCUGACCAUUUAUUAUACGAUUCUGACUCGGAUGACUCGGAUUUCAAAGUUGCUAAAAAGCAGGACUGGGAUCGCUUCGAAACUAAUGAAAAAGAGUUCGCGAGUUUACCUAAAAGAGGAUUCAUUAUGAAGGACGGGGAAAUGGUCACAAAACACGACAGCGUUAUAAAUGGGAGAAGGAACGCGUGUCGUGUUAUGGCGUUCCCACCAGAGGUUUGCACUGGCGACGGUGCUGGAUUCGACAUGAAAUUGUCCAAUUCUGUGUUCAAUCACCUUAAAGAGCAUACCAGGCACCACCAGUCUCGUAAGCACAAAAUGUUGGAUAGAAAAGAGAGUCAUGCUACAGCUGAAAUGGGUCUAGACGAACCAACAAGGCUUAUACUGUUCAAGCUCAUCAAUAAUGGUCUGCUGGAGGACAUCAAUGGAGUGAUAUCCACUGGUAAAGAGUCGGUUGUCCUGCAUGCAAAUGGUGAUACAACAUAUCCAGAUCUGGUAGUUCCUAAGGAAUGUGCCAUAAAAGUAUUUAAAACAACUCUGAACGAGUUUAAAACUAGAGAUAAGUAUAUUGAAGCUGAUUACAGAUUUAAAGAUAGAUUCUCUAAGCAGAAUCCACGUAAGAUUGUUCAUAUGUGGGCUGAGAAAGAGAUGCAUAAUAUGGUAAGGAUGCAGAAGAUUGGGCUGAACUGCCCACAGAUGAUAUGCCUGAAGAAGCAUAUUCUGGUGAUGUCCUUCAUUGGCAGAGACAAUAAACCGGCUCCAAAGCUGAGAGAUGUCAUCUUGAAGCCUGAGAAGUGGCAGAGUGUGUACAAUGAGGUGGUGGAUGCCAUGCACAAGUUGUACAAUGUAGGUCAUAUGAUUCACGCUGAUCUGUCGGAGUACAAUAUACUUUGGUGGGACAAUAAAUGCUGGUUUAUUGAUGUUUCACAAUCUGUUCAACCGGACCAUCCAGUUGGCUUAGAGUUUCUGCGUAGAGAUUGCCGCAAUAUUUGCAGUUUCUUUGAAAAGAAAGGUGUUGUUGAUAUGAAGACAGCUGAUGACCUUUUCAAAUCAAUCACAGGAUUUGAGGAAGUGGAUGUAAACCUGCUUGAGGGUGUUCACACAACAUUCAAUGCUCUGUCUUCUCGCUUUGAAAUAGCACCUGACGAUAACAGGAACAUCAGUUAUCCAUUUGAAUAUUGCUGGAAUAAAACCAACGAGAGCAAACAGCCUAAGAGUGAUAAAAGUGAUGAUGAGUUUGAGGAGAUGUGGACUCAUUCACAGAAAGACAGGGUUGACACUGCCACCAAUUUUGGUAACAUACUGACUGUUACAGAUACUGCAAAUGAUGCUAAAGUUGAUGGGGAAUCUGUAGAAUUUGUGGACCAUAAAGUCAAUUUUGCUAAUGAGUUAAAUGUAACCAUCCCAAUAGAUGGGGGCAUAACUGACAAUAGUAAACAUAAAAAAUCUUAAAACAGGUGUAAUUCUGCAAAAAGAGUGGUGUUCUUAAACUUAAUUGGCGAAAGAGACUCCGUAAUGGUAUGUGAUAUUGGAGUACUUAUACAAAAUAAUAUACAAUUCAAUAAUUGUAUAUAAUUUUCUUUAAGUAUGACUAUUCAGUACUCAUGACAGAAGACAAGCAAGUACUUCUUUUCAUUUUAAAAUUGCUUGGAGAUGUUAAUGUUAUUCAAAGUCUUUGUGCAAUACCUGCAUAAUUAUUUAAUAAUAAUUAAAUUUCAUAACAGAUUUAAGAAUUUAAGGUAUAAAUAUUUACACAUUGAAUUCUUAAAUCAAUAAAUGUUAGUUGCUUCUAUUUUUGGAAAAUACUCUAUUGCAGUUGAUUAAUGUUAGGCAUCGUAAAAUAAAAACAAUUUUAUUCAAGAUAUUAGGUUGUAGAAUAAAAGAU